AUGGCGGAGCAACUGGUGCAGCCCUCCGCUGCCCAACGUAUAAUUGUAAAAUUUCUUGCUUGUGAAGGAGUUCAAGUGACUGAAAUUUUCCAGAAGCUGACUCCACAAUUUGGUGAUCAAACAUUGUCAAGGACGUGUGUGUUUACCUGGCAUAAAAAAUACAAGGAAGAACGAGAACGUUUGGAAGUUAAGCUCCCAUCACCACAUGACUACCAGUAUGAGAUGGUCGGAUCGAAAGGAAUGGACAGCAAGUUGCGAUGCUUCAUCCCGAGCAUCUAUGUACAGGGAAAUAUGAAUUCGAGAGUGUUCCGCGCCUUGACAGCUGCCGUAGUAAUGCUCGGCGUGGGGCAUUUUGCAGAGGCCGUGAUAAAUCUCUCCACGUUACAGGGGGAUCUGGAGGACUACACGCUGGCCGUGUCCCACGUUGCCACUGUGUGCGUCGGCGCUGCCAAAAUGAUAUUUUUUGUCUUCCACGAACACGAGUUCUGCAAACUCGUGCGGUGGUUGGACGCACUCGUAGCUAGCCAGAUGGAGCACAUACGGGGUCAGCUUCAGGGCGAGGCGAUCUUCUACGGAGCCCAGAAGCUCGCCGCACGUGUCACGCUGUGCUUGUUGGCGAACAACGUUUUCAUAGUCACGGUAUGGUCCUUGGCUCCCCUGAUGGCGUCGGAAGGCGAGAAGAGACUUCCCUUCCAGCAGCUCCCCUUCGCAGCUGCCUACACUUCUCCGCUCUACGAGCUGUCUUACGCACUCCAGACCGUCUCCGUCUUCGUCAUCGGUUUCAUCAACGUACACGUCGACUGCUUCUUCUCGGCAGUCAUGAUCCACACCUCUGCUCAGAUAAAUUUGUUGGCCUUUCGUAUGACUGAUGUCUACUCGCGUAACGCUAAUGAAAAAUCGAAGCAAAACUCAGACGGGGGAAAGCAACGGCAUAAUUCUGCAUCAAAUGACAGCAGCUAUAAAGAAUUGUGCCUGUGGGUACAAUUUCACCAGGAAAUCACAAGGUUUGUCAAGCAUUUAGAAAGCGUAAUGAGCCCUGUUGCAACGAUGCAAUUCAUUCAUGGGAUGCUCAGCGGCAUCAUGCUGAUAUUUCCGGCCGCAUCUAGCUCCGAGAAUGGAGACCUAGUGAAGUGCCUGGCUUCUGCGCCCUCUAUCAGCACACCGCUGCUGCUCUACUGCCUGGGGGCGCACAGCGUGAGGGAACAGGGUGAGUCGCUGUCGUUGGCUGUCUACAGCUGUCACUGGACCGACGCUAGCACCAGUUUCCGAAGAGCGCUGCUGAUCGUCAUGAAUCGAGCACAGAGACCUUACAGCCUCACUGCUGGAGGCAUCUACCCGAUAGAAAGGAGCACCUUCCUGUCGCUGCUGAAUGCGGGUUAUUCAUACUAUGCACUGCUCAAGAACUUUAAUGGACGGUAG